AAAAUUUAAGAGAACGACCUUAUCCCACGCGUUUCCUUUUAUUCCUCACAACUUGUAAUAAUAGUUCGAACACAAAAUUCACAACUCCCUCGUACUCCUCCUAACACAGAGCUAUGGAGACAAAAGCAGAACUAGUUUUCAUUCCAUCACCGGGAUUGGGUCACGUUGCAUCCGCUGUCGAAAUAUCCAAGCUCAUUCUCGACACAGAUGAACGUCUUUGUAUUUCUCUCCUCAUUAUGAAACAUCCCGCUGAUUUCGGGGUUCAACCUUAUCUCCAAUCACUCCCUUCUCAUCCCCGUUUGCAUUUCGUCGAUAUUUCAAUAGACCCGAAAAUAGCUACUGAACUCUUGUCUAACAAGGAUAGGUUCUUGUAUGAUUUCAUUGAUGGUCAUAAAUCAAAGGUAAGUGAAUUUGUUCGUAACAACAUUACUAGUACUACUCGACUUGCUGGCUUUGUUCUUGACAUGUUUUGCAUAUCCAUGAUUGACGUAGCUAAUGAGUUUGGUGUUCCUAGUUACAUUUUCUUUACUUCCGGUACUGCUUUUCUUGCAUUGUCCCUUCAUUUUGAAGCUCUGAGGAAUGACGAAGACGCUACCUCCAAGUAUGACUAUUCUGAGUCUAAUGAGGAGUUGUCCAUUCUUGGUUUUAAAAAUCCGUAUCCUGCUAAAAUUUUGCCUAGGCCAGCUAAAUCUGUUACGCCUAGCUCGAUUUUGUACUUCGAGGGCAUUCGUCGUUUCAAAGAGACGAAAGGUAUCAUAAUCAAUACCUUUGCUGAGCUUGAACCUUUUGCUCUUCAGUCACUAAAAGAUGCUAAAAUUGCUCCUCCAAUUUACCCGAUUCGUCCUGUAGUCAGUUCAGAUGACGGUAACAAAAAAGAGGAAACAGAAAAUAUCGUGAAGUGGUUGGAUGAGCAGCCAAAUUCAUCUGUGAUUUUCUUGUGCUUUGGAACCUUGGGAAGUUUUGAACCUGAUCAGGUAAAAGAAAUAGCAAUUGCAUUAGAGCGGAGUGGCCACCGGUUUUUGUGGUCCUUAAGGCGGCCUCCACCAAAGGGGAAAGUAGAGAUGCCAAGCAAUUAUGACAACUCCGAGGAAAUACUGCCAGAAGGGUUCUUGGAUAGGACAAAAGGAGUUGGGAAAGUGGUAGGAUGGACCCCGCAAGUGACUGUACUUUCACAUCCUGCGGUGGGAGGAUUCGUGUCACAUUGUGGAUGGAAUUCGACAGUGGAGAGUGUGUGUUGUGGGGUGCCAAUUGCUGCUUGGCCCUUGUAUGCUGAACAACAGAUGAACGCGUUUUUGUUGGUUAAAGAAUUGGGAUUGGCAGUGGAGAUUCGGAUGGAUUAUGUUAAGGACUUCGAGGGGAAAAAUCCGGUUAAUAUUGUUAGUGCUGAGGAAAUUGAAGGCGCGAUAAGGAAGCUUAUGGUGGACAGUGAAGAGAAUGAAGUGAGGAAAAGGAUGAAGGAAAUGCAAGAGAAGAGCAACAUAGCUAUGGAAGAAGGCGGAUCAUCUUAUACCUCUUUACGACUUCUAAUUGAGGAUUUCAUCAGCAACAUUUCCUGAAGAUUCUCGAUCUCCAAGUGUCAAUAGGAUUGGGAGUAUUUCUGAACAAAGCUUUUAAAUGCAUUAUCAAAGGCACAAAAAUGUUAAGCUUCUCCGCGAAUGUGCCAUCUUACAUGAUAGUACCCAAGACUGUAACAAGAAAAAUUUGACCCCAUUACUUAUGUUGGUAAUUAUUGCAUAAUUAUAGUGUGCUUAAUGUCAAAGUUUGAAUUGGCAGUUCAUGCCUUCAAAUUCUGGAUAACAAAUUUUUUAUAGUAAGGGAGGAUUAAAUC